UUUAGUUGUGUUGACUGAUGUCGCCCACAUUAAACCCCGCCCCACUGCCCGACUCGGUGUUACAAAAGCAGCGACCCCAACCACAGCUCCGUACGUCUGCCACCGCCGGAGAAGCCUCUCGCUAUCAUUGCCAGACCGGAGGAACAACAAACAGUAGCUAAAAUGGGGGUGGUAACAAUUAAAGUCGAAUACUGUGGUAGAUGAGGUUACGAAAGCCGCUAUCAGGAGCUCGCCCGGGUUGUCGAGGCUGAGUUUCCUGAGGCGGAUGUGUCAGGCUUCACAGGAAGACAAAGCAGCUUUGAGAUUGAAAUCAACGGCCAGCUGAUCUUCUCUAAGACUGAGACGGGCGGGUUUCCAUAUGAGGAUGACGUCUUGAAUGCAAUCCAGCAGGCCCACGAUGGCAAACCUGUGCAGAAGAUCACCAAAAGCCGUGCGCCAUGCGUCAUCAUGUAAACCGCAGCAUCAAGACAGGCCAGUGCAACUGUUUACUGCCUACAGAGAUGCACUAUGACCUCUAGCUGCCGUCUUUGGUGCAGAUCCCCAAACGUCUGGCUCCCCCUCUUAGUUCUCAUUGUGGGUCUCCGGGCUGUUAAUGAUUACUGUAGCCUAAACUGCCUUCAUGGCGAAAGGGUUAGAGUAUGAUGAAUCCAUUCCUGGAGAUUCUUCAUUAUAGGAGCUGAGAUCGGGAGAUGUCACAGAAAUCUUAAGGGAUUACACUUUACUUUUUUUUUUACCUCCUCUUUGCCUGGUGUUCUACAACUGCCUAUUUUUUACAUCUUUGUUUACUGAUCUCAUACACAAUUACCAAUUUCAUUGAAGGCAAGGAACAUGCAAAGUUGUUGCACGUGUAACUUUUAUUUUUUUAAAGGCAGACUGCCUCUUGGUUUCUGCCUCUGCGUCUUGCAUUGCUCUAUGCUGAAUAAUCUUUUACUGAAGCAUUUUUUCUAGUAACUAAUUAAAACACUAUGAUUACUGUAACGGCUGUGAAUAGUGAAACAAAGAUAUGUAAUAAGUGACAUUUAUAUGUAUCAAAUUGGAAUUCUUUUUAUGAUAAGCUCCUGCCACCUAAAACCUGUAUGUUGGCUUAGUGCGCCUCAAAAGGCACUGGCCAAAGAACUUGAGUUGGUCUCCGGGCACUGUGGAAUCUUAAACCUUUUCUGUCACCUGUAAGGUUCUGUAAACCUUAAACUUGUCAGGUACUAGCAAUCAUCAGAAGUGCUUCUGAAGACCACCAUCCACUGGUCUGUCAGCGCACACUCAAUUGAUGUCAUGCUUUUUUUUUUUCAUAUUUCAUUGUUCACUCUGUCAAAACUUUCAAUAAAUAAUGGUUCUCGAAGUACA